AUGGCGAAGGAACAGUCCACCCGCACCGGCCUUGCCGUCGGCCUCAACAAGGGUCACAAGACCACCCCUCGCGUCGCUAAGCCCCGCAUCUCUUCCCAGAAGGGCCGCAUCAGCAAGCGCACCAACUUCGUCCGCGAGGUUGUCCGUGAGGUGUCUGGCCUCGCCCCCUACGAGCGCCGCGUCAUCGAACUCCUUCGCAACAGCAAGGACAAGCGCGCCCGUAAGCUCGCCAAGAAGAGGCUCGGAACCUUCGGCCGCGCCAAGAGCAAGGUCGACGAGCUCCAGCGUGUCAUCGCUGAGUCUCGCCGUGCCGCCCACUAA